UCUUAUGGCACCCGAAAGUUGGCCCGACGGAAAAACAAAAUCGUUGCGAAAUUCCGGGCGGAUAAUCCGUUGGAAGCCAUAUUAUGGUCCAACGGAUAAUUUCGUCUGAUUUUCGAGCAUCCUGCUGUGGCAUGUAGCGCCAGGGGGCCCACGACAUGUCAGGAUUCGAGAUCGGAUGGAGGCCUAGAGCGGACGAGCGGCCACCACCGACCACUCAACCCACGGUACAGAGCGAGAGCCAAGUAAGUGCAGCACGGGCACCAUCAUGUCAACCGCCUCUCUUAUGCUAGACAAGGAAGCUAGCUCAGACUGGGUGAUCAACAGGAUGAAGGGCAGCAACUGGGGCGACAAACCGAACGUAGGCCAUGCUAGUCUGUCCCAGUUCUUGCCAGGGUUUUACGUUGCCAUGAGCGUAAAGGAGAGCGGCAAAUGCUACAGCGAGCCUGAUAGAAAUGCAGAGGCAGUCAAAGUGUACAAAAGCUUCGCUGUGCCGGCAUUCCUUCGCUGGUUGGUAGGGGUCGAUCCCCACCGACAGAAAACGAACUCCAACUUGUCACGUUUCCCCGCCUCUGCUUUAUUUUGACGAGGGCACUAUAAGUAACCGGGGAGUCGGUACUGGCUGCACGGCGGGCGAGUACUGUGGUAGUGCCAUGUGUCAGGGUGAACAGAAAAUCGAAUUCUACAUUAAGCAACCUCGCGCGGUCUGCCUGCCAUCGAUUCGACGCUCUUGGAUCAAUAUUUGCGACAGUUGAACAUGCCGUCCUGCGGGAGGAAAGUCGUGUACCUGUGGAAAAGAGGGUUUCGUCCUCGACAGACGUUGGGGAGUUUCAACCUUUAUGAAGGUGUUCACCACAUUAGCCCCCCCUUUUUCGAGGCUUCUUCUUGUUUGCUAGGCAAGAGAAGUUUUCUUGGGGUAACCGGAACCCGACCGGCUGGCGCCGAGUAGAAUCACCUUUUUUCCAACAAUCUUCUGUGCGUGUUGCGGGUGCGCCCCUUCCGCCACGCAUUGCCAGAAGUUUCGAGUUCGAUAGACAGUGCAUCGUUUCUUGGCCCACCCACCGUUUUUCUUUUUCCGUACUCCGGAAGAUAAUUAGGUGAGCAGCGGGUUUUGAACCCGUGUCUUUUGCAACCAACAGCAGGCACCUGACAUCUCUUCGUCGACGCCAUUGUGGAAAAGAGGGUUUCGUCCUCGACAGACGUUGGGGAGUUUCAACCUUUAUGAAGGUGUUCUCCACAUACCGCCAUAAAAAAAUAGAGAGAGGAGCGAGCGUGGAUACCGUUGCCAGUGUCGCCUUGAUAUUCACCAUCCGUUCCUAUCUCUGCUUGGCACCUUACAUCAUCCGGUCCAAAACACGCGAAUGUCUUCCGUGGUCACAGACCAGCUACUCAGAUUUUGGGCACACACAAUGCACUCGAAAGUCAGAAGAGAAAGCCGAAACGGCCCAGGUCUUGGCAUAGACUAAACACAUGAAUAAUAAAAUUGAAGGUCCCAAUCAGACACAUCAGGCGGAGGAGGGGAUUAAGUAGGAACAUUCUUCGGUAGGCGGUGCCAAACCCCUUCACUCAUCCAGACAACAUUAAAAGUGCACGAUUUUGAUCUAUUCCUCCUACAUUCACCGCUGGGGUUGCCACUGCCAUGCCACUUGCGGCGGUUCUAGUCACCCACUUCACUCAGCUGUCGACCAACAGGCGACUCAGAUGGUGUACAAAGAUCCGGUUACAAAAAGCAUAGAACGUAAAAGAACAAACAGGGGGAGCGGCGUACUGCACCUAGAUCACGGCGUACCACAUAGAUAAAUGGUGGACGGGGACAAAACAUAACCUCGAACCGAGAACACACUGCAAACAAGAUGGUGUAACCAGCACCUGCACCCUGCCUGCAUAACCUACCCAGUCCGGUAAACUGAUGCAUAACCUUCUAUAAAAACAUUUCCAUUGUGUGGAUUUCAUAGCGGCAUAUUAUGUAACGGUGCCUUCCAUGAAGUGAAUCAGUCGAAUCCCUAAGAAUGCACUCUAAAACACAGAGGAAGAAAGCCACGAUACUAAGGACAUUACGGCUCCUCCAGCAAACAUACUCCGAGCGUGAAACAACCAAGCCGGUUUUGGCAAACAGUUCUCAGGCUGAACGAAAACACGCGCGUUAAAGAAAAGAAAUUCACGCACACCAAACCAAAAAAAGCGCCACGUGCACUUUAGCCAGUCGUGGUGUGUCUGAGCCACCGAAUGUCGUU